AUGGCUAGCUGGAUUGAUAACGAACGUGUGAGGCCAUUGGUUGCGGCGUUCACUACCAUUGUUGUGGUUGUCGCCUGCCUAAUUGAGGAAAUGAAUCAAACUAGACGAGGGAGAAGUAAAGAACCAUCUAUAUUUCGGGACCUAACUAGAAAAAAUCAUAUAGAACGUGUUUUAAGGAGUGGCCGCGACUAUUGUGUGAGUUACCUUAGGAUGGAUGUAGGUCCUUUUAUGCAUCUAGCGUCGAUCAUGCGUGACAAGCACCUCCUUCUCGACACACGUUAUGUAUCUGUCGAGGAACAGUUAUCCAUGUUCUUGCAUAUUGUUGGUCACAAUACAAAAAAUAGGACCAUGAGGGUUGAAUAUGUCCGAUCGGGUGAAACAAUAAGUCGAUAUUUCAAUAACGUACUCAAAGCUAUUUGUGCCAUUCGAGAUGAUUUCGUACAUCCCCCUUGCGGAAAUUGUCACUCGGAAAUCGAAUGUAACCCGAACUGGUACCCUUUUUUCAAAGACUGUAUAGGUUUGCUAGACGGGACGCAUAUUGAUGCGUCCAUCUCCCCUCAAGAACUACCUUGGUUUCGUGGUCGAAAAGGCCCAACACAAAAUGUCUUGGCUGUAGUGAACCCUGACUUGCAGUUCACUUAUGUGUUGGCGGGUUGGGAAGGAUCAGCCAAUGACUUCACUGUCCUAAAAGAUGCACUAUCACGACCACAACCUGAAGGAAAAUAUUAUCUUGUAGACGCCGGUUAUACCACAAUGCAGGGUUUCAUAGCACCUUAUCGAGGUGUUAGGUACCACUUAAAAGAGCAUAGUGGACGCGCUCCAACAAACCUCAAGGAAUUGUUCAAUCUUCAACACUCGAUGCUUCGAUCUCGAGUAGAGCGUGCUUUCGCAAUCUUGAAGAACCAUUUCAAAAUCCUUACAUCACAUCCAUUCUUCCCAUUCAGGACACAAGUUAGGUUAGUUAUUGCAUGUUGCAUAUUGCAUAACUACAUAGCAGGUGUCGACCCAAAUGAUAUACUCUUGGAUGAAGGAAUCACUCAACAUGAUGACCAAAUUAUGUCAUCACAACCCCGAUCACAACGAGAACAGCGAGAAGAAAAUCGACAAUGGAUUGAACUUAGAGACAAGAUAGCACAUGACAUGUGGGAUCGAUAUAGUGGAUUUGUGUGA